UGGGCCUUGGUGGUGGUACAACAACGGCCGGCGGACUUGUUGCGUUGGGAAUGACCGUUGGGGCGGCUUCGUCAGCAUCUCGUGAAGCGGGCCCAACGUUCGAACAGGUGCUCAACCGCUUUCCGCCGGGCUGGAAGGAGCGGUUCGGGGAAUGGUGUGCCGUUGGCGGGUCACAACUACGUGGAGAAGCAAGAGAUGAUUGGGGUUACGCAACUGAAUUGGAAGCAUACCUGUCUGUCCAAUACAGCAGCAGUGGGAAAACGGACAACAAGUUGAAACCUUUACAACACCUUCUCAGCGUGCUGCGCCCCCGGCAAUAUUUUGCGGACGGAACGCAUUUGAGGUGCAGUUGGCUUCUCCGCAACGCCUUGAUGGCAGACCCGGUCUUGGGGGGCUACGGUGAUAGUGGAUCGUCGUCCAGCAUCACCUCGAAACGACUGGACCUCCGUGCGGCCAUAUUUGAUGUGAAACAUGUUGAGCCUUCUUAUCGUUUUCCUAUUGUUGUGGACUUUCAGAACCUGUUCAAGGAUCUCCGCCAGCGGUCCAAGCGGCAGCGUGAUCAAGACCGGCAGGUGCCGCAGCACAGCUUCCAACCUUUUUUGCCCGAGUUCGCUUUUUGGGCCGACGUGGACGACACGCUCGUAUGCAGUCACGCGAAGACCGGCGGCGUCCCCGGCACUGAUCAGAGUCUCACGAAAGAGUCGGAAAAGACUUUGUCCGCCAACGAAAUAGAGAACCACACGCACCGUGUUUACCUCAACUUCCCCCUGCUGCUGAAGUUUCUGAACAUCGAAACGGCCAUGCGCGCUUUGUAUCUACCGGGGAAUGGUAGUAGCCGGGGCAAGUAUACCUUCGCGGACGUUGACCCCCGGAAUGUCGAGGUUGUGCGAGUUGAAGAGAACAACAGCGCUGGUGGUCGUGUUAGUAGAGACGGCGCUUCUACUUUUGUUUCUGUGUACAACAAGGAAAAGCGCUUACCGUGGUACCCCGGCCUGCUAACGGCGCGACCGGGCCGGCUCACUUCGGGACUGGGGAACGGGCGCCAGAGUGCGGCAAGUCGAGUCGGAAAGGUUCGCGAGAAGGUCAUGGUGACGAGGUCGCACUUCCCUGCAGUGGCGUACCACGUGCGCAUACCCCGGGGAGAGUCGGUUGGCAAGAGAGAAAGCUUCGGGCGCGGUCCGUUGAUGAUCCUUCCGGGGGCCGACCGGGCCGGUGCUUUGUUCGGCGCAACCUUCGGGGAAACUGGCAUCCGCAGGACGAAUCAAGCAGCGUACCAGGCCUAUAACCCUCAGGCCGCCUGCACGCUUGCGGGAAACCGCAAGUUCGACGUGCUCA